UAGAAACCCAAGUUGGGUAUCUUCAAGAAUCUUUACAUUUCGAGUUAUUCGUAUUCACUUUCUCUUCCUCAACUUUACUUCACCUCACUCUGCUGGUUUCCUCAUAAGAUUGGCUUUUGGCUUCACUCACAAGUGGUGGAAUCCUGCAUAUCAUUUGCAGUAAAGUGUAGUGUUGUUGGGAGAGAAUCUUUCUGAGCACUGCCACCGUUUUUCUGGUCUAAUUCUCUUUUUCAUUGUGGAUUUAGACGUCGAAUAUAUUCUGUUGAAGAGGGUGUCCAAACUUCGGGUUGCUUCUGCAAAAUCACACCUUGUGCUAUUUUGACUCUGUUCAGAUAUUCAGUAGAAAAGAAACAUCAUUUUUUGUCUUUCUGUGUCUUAUUCCUCUCAUAUCAUUCGUUGGCAAGAUAGAUAGAUAGACAUAAUCUGCUGUUACUGACAUUAUUGACAACUUUGGACAAAGGACAACGUUUGGAGAUAUUAUGCCAUCCUAUCCUGGCCUCUUGUGACAAGACAAGAAUUUUGAGAUCUGUUUAAGAGGUGAGACUUGUGGUAUUGGGAGAAAGUUGUGGUUUUUGAAGCAGCCACCCAUGAUGGGAGAUGGUGGUGUGACAUCAUCUGGUACCAUGAUGGAAGCUCCACCACCUGAUGGAACUACUUCAAUGGAUUUUGAGUACAUGGGUGAGCUUUUCUUAGAUGGGUGUUGGUUGGAGGCCUCUGCUGAUGGAUCUGAGUUCUUGCUGCAAAGUCCUUCCUUUUCCAAUUCUCUCUUUGACCCUUCAUUCUCCUGGCCUGCCUUGGAGACCAACCACAAUGAAUCCCAUGAUGCUGCUUUUGGGACUCAACAAGAAAGCCACAACAGCAUGGUUAAUAUUGUUUCUGGUGGUGGUGGUGGUAGUGGUAUGCAGUUUCAGUUUGAUGCUCAUUCAGUUGAAGGAGCAUCUGAAGGGGUUAAAAGGUGGUGGUUUGCACCCACACCUAGUCCUGGACCUGGGCCUUCUAUAACAGAGAAGCUGCUAAGGGCCCUCACCUGGUUCAAAGAUUACAAUAGGAACAAGGAUAUGCUGAUACAGAUAUGGGUGCCGGUUCAUAGAGGGGGUAGGCCUAUUCUGGCUGCUAAUGAUCUUCUGUUCUCGCUUGAAUCAAGGUCUGUGAACCUUGCAAAGUACCGCGAAAUUUCGGUGGGAUAUGAGUUUUCAACAGAUGAGGGUGAGUCCAAGGAGUUGGUUCCGGGAUUGCCGGGUCGAGUGUUCAGGAACAAGGUUCCUGAGUGGACUCCUGAUGUUAGAUUUUUUAAGAGUGAUGAGUAUCCCCGAGUUGACCAUGCUCAAGAGUAUGAUGUGAGUGGGACACUAGCAGUUCCAAUCUUUGAGCAAGGGAGCAAGAUGUGCUUGGGGGUUAUUGAGGUUGUCAUGACUACUCAGCAGAUCAACUAUGGCCCUGAACUUGAGAGUGUUUGUAAAGCGCUUGAGGCUGUUGAUCUUAGAAGCUCGAAACAUUCAAAUAUUCAGAUUGUGAAGGCAUGCAACAGGUCCUAUGAUGCUGCACUACCUGAGAUUCAAGAGGUUCUGAGAUCUGCAUGUGAAAUGCACAACUUACCUUUAGCUCAAACUUGGAUUCCAUGUGUCCAACAAGGCAAAGAAGGGUGCCGGCACUCUGAUGAUAAUUAUCUACUCUGCAUAUCUCCUGUGGAGCAGGCUUGUUAUGUUCGUGAUCCCUCUAUCAGGCCUUUUCAUGAGGCUUGCACUGAGCAUCACUUGUUAAAAGGUGAAGGUGUUGCUGGUGGAGCUUUUAUGACAAACCAACCAUGCUUCUCAACUGACAUAACUUCAUUAAGCAAGAAAGAUUAUCCACUGUCUCAUCAUGCGAGGUUGUUAGGAUUGCGUGCUGCUGUUGCCAUACGCCUUCGAAGCAUCUAUAAUAGCACCGAUGACUUUGUUCUAGAGUUCUUCUUGCCUGUAGAUUGCAAUGACAGUGAAGAGCAGAGGAAGAUGCUUACUUCAUUGUCCAUUAUUAUACAAAGGGUGUGUUGCAGCUUGCGGGUUAUAUCAGAUAAGGAAUUGGAGGAAGCUAACUUGUCAGUUGAUGAAGUGAUUGGCCUUGCAGAUAGUGGAGUUUCCAGGACUGCAAUUUGUUCAGGACUGCAACAAAAAGAAAAAUCAAGUGAAACUAUGUGUAGAAAAUUCUCUGACCUGAGGCAACAAGAAAACCCUAUUUUAAAAGGAAACCUUGAUUGUGUUAGGGAGUGUUCUACUUCUGUUGAGGGUAACUUCUCAGGUGCAGGAAUAAGUAGAACGGUAGAGAGAAGACGGGCCAAAGCAGAGAAAACUAUCACUCUGCAAGUUCUUAGACAAUAUUUUGCUGGAAGCCUAAAAGAUGCUGCCAAGAAUAUUGGUGUUUGCACAACAACUUUGAAGAGGAUCUGCCGGCAACAUGGGAUAAAGCGUUGGCCUUCUCGGAAGAUCAAAAAGGUUGGUCACUCCUUACAGAAGCUUCAACUUGUCAUCGACUCAGUUCAAGGUGCCUCUGGUGCAUUUCAAAUCGAUUCCUUCUAUUCAAACUUCCCGGAUCUAGCUUCUCCAAAUUUAUCAGGAACCAGCCUGUUCUCAACUUUGAAUCAAGCUGAUAAUCCAAACUCAGUAAGCACGCAGCCAGAACCCGGCGCAUUGAGUCCAGAAGGUGCAUCGAAAUCGCCCUCUUCAUCGUGCAGCCAGAGUUCCAUUUCAAGCCAUUCCUGCUCCAGCAUGUCAGAGCUACAGCAUCAUACCAAUAACAAAGAUCCUGCAGUUGGUGAAGACUCUGCUGAUGUUGUGUUGAAGAGGAUCAGAAGUGAAGCAGAGCUUAAAAGCCUGAGUCGUGACGGUACAAAGCUUUUACCAAGAUCUCAAAGCCAGGAAACACUUGGUGAACACCCUAUAACUCAGUAUCACCGACCCUUAUUAAAAACAAGUAGCAAGGUUGAUGCUCACAGAGUAAAAGUCACAUAUGGAGAUGAGAAAACCCGGUUUCGGAUGCUGAAGAGUUGGGGCUAUGAAGAUCUUCUGCAGGAAAUUGCUAGGAGAUUUAAUGUGAGUGACAUGAGAAAAUUUGAUGUGAAAUACUUGGAUGAUGAUUGUGAGUGGGUACUACUUACUUGUGAUGCUGAUUUAGAGGAGUGCAUUGAUGUUUGUCAAUCUUCUGAGAGUAGUACCAUCAAACUUUGUCUACACGCUUCUAGUCAUAGUAUGAGAAGUUCUUUAGAGUUUAGAUAACAGAUUGAUUGUAAAUUGUAAGAUCCUUUGUCAUGUAUGUGAAUUAGUCUUAGAAAAGAUACGAUUCUUUUUAUGUGGAAAAAAUUAUUAUUUUGGCAGGAUAUAAGGAUAAGCUUUCGCUUAUACUUGUGCUCCAAGCAAUAAGCAGAUUCAGCUUUUGUUUGUUUGGUAUAAUAUAAUACGACUUGUGAGAUUUACUUCUCAGUCUGAGUUUCUCCGUUUAGAGUU